UUGGAUCCAAGGUUGCAUAGAGCAAGGCAGCUCCCGAAUGCCAACAAAGUGCAGCAGUGAACACGACAACCUUGUCCUGAACCUGGCGACGGCACCGCCAGCCUGUUCCCCCGAAUUCCGAACCCGACGACACAUCAGGACCUGCGUCCUUAUAGCCUCCCAACGACGUCCUUGUCAAACAUCACCCCGCCCCGAGCCUCAGUCCGGGCUCCGUCUGCCUACUUGUCUGCUCCAAGCACCAACACCAGCCACUCGAGUGCGCAGCACAGACAAUCGCCAUCAUGAGGCUUGAUGUGAAGCGUCAGCUUUUCGCGCGCAGCGAGCGCGUCAAGGGCAUCGACUUUCAUCCUCACGAGCCAUGGAUCCUCACGACCCUUUACAGCGGCCAUGUCUAUAUCUGGUCCUAUGAAACGCAACAAAUCAUCAAAACGUUCGAGCUGACCGAUGUCCCCGUCCGAGCCGGUCGUUUCAUUGCGAGGAAGAACUGGAUCGUGUGCGGCUCUGACGACUUUCAGUUGCGUGUAUACAACUACAACACCUCCGAGCGCAUCACCUCCUUCGAGGCCCACCCCGACUACAUCCGAGCGAUCGUCGUCCACCCUACACAGCCCUUUGUCUUGACCGCGUCAGAUGACAUGACCAUCAAGCUUUGGGACUGGGAGAAGGGUUGGAAAUGUGUGCAGGUCUUCGAGGGUCACUCACACUACGUCAUGGGCUUGGCAAUUAACCCCAAGGACACAAACACAUUCGCGUCGGCAUGUCUCGACAGGACUGUGAAAAUAUGGUCACUAGGCUCUUCAACACCCAACUUUACUCUGGAGGCGCACGAGACAAAGGGUGUCAAUUGGGUUGACUACUAUCCCCAUGCCGACAAACCAUAUCUGCUCACCACCAGUGACGACCGGACAAUCAAGAUCUGGGACUACACAACCAAGAGUUUGAUUGCCACGCUAGAGGGACACACCAACAAUGUUUCAUUUGCGUGCUAUCACCCAGAGCUGCCCAUCAUCAUCUCGGGUUCCGAAGAUGGUACCAUCCGCAUAUGGCACGCCAACACAUACCGCUUCGAGCAAUCUCUGAACUAUGGCCUUGAGCGCGCUUGGUGUGUGUCUUACCAAAAGGGCAAGCAAGGCGUGGCUGUAGGUUUUGACGAUGGCGCCGUCGUUGUGAAGCUCGGCCGCGAGGAGCCGGCAGUAAGCAUGGAUGGUUCUGGAAAGCUCAUCUGGGCCAGACACAACGAGGUCCUCUCGUCCAUCAUCAAGGGCGGUGAACUCAAGGACAAUGAGGCCAUUACGCUACCCGUCAAAGAGCUUGGCACCUGUGAAGUAUACCCACAGACACUGAUCCACUCGCCAAAUGGCCGAUUCGUCGCCGUGUGCGGUGACGGCGAGUACAUUAUCUACACGGCCCUGGCUUGGCGCAACAAGGCCUUCGGCUCCGCCCUGGACUUCGUGUGGGCAUCAAAGGACAACAGCAACGACUUCGCCAUCCGUGAGAGCGCUACCUCGGUCAAAGUCUACAAGAACUUCCAGGAGAAAUCUGGCGGACUCGACAUCCCGUUCCAGGCCGAGGGCCUUACGGGCGGCGUCCUUCUUGGUGUGAAGGGACAAGGCGGUGUUUCAUUCUACGACUGGGCGACCGGCGGUCUUGUGCGACGCAUCGAAGUCGAGCCCAGACAGGUCUACUGGUCCGAGAGCGGCGAGCUUGUCACGUUGGCUUGUGAGGACACUUUCUACGUCCUUCGAUUCUCGAGAGAGGCCUACGUCGAUGCCGUCCAAGAUGGGCAGAUGGACGAGGAUGGUGUUGAGGCUGCAUUCGAAGUCAUCACAGACAUUGCAGAGAGCGUACGGACUGGUGAAUGGGUGGGAGACUGCUUCAUCUACACCAACAGCACGAACCGCCUGAACUACCUCGUCGGCGACCAAACUUAUACCGUUUCGCACUUCGAUCAGCCCAUGUACACUCUGGGUUACAUUCAGCGCGAUUCAAGGAUAUACCUUGCGGACAAGGAUGUCAACGUCACGUCCUUUGCCCUGUCCCUCCCCGUACUGGAGUACCAGACCCUUGUGCUGCGCGAGGAUAUGGAGACAGCCGCCGAGCUGCUGCCCACCAUCCCUGCCGACCAGCUCAACAAGAUUGCGAGAUUCCUCGAAGGGCAGGGCCACAAGGAGCUGGCUCUCGAAGUUGCCACGGACCCUGAGCACAAGUUUGACCUGGCGCUUGCGCUGCACCAGCUCGAUAUUGCUCUUGAGCUCGCCAGGCAAGCUGAUGUCGACCACAAGUGGAAGACGGUCGGCGACGCUGCCCUUGCUGCCUGGGAUAUCACUCUGGCCUCUGAAUGCUUCACACACGCCAAGGAUCUGGGCUCUCUGCUGCUGAUACACUCGAGCACGUCGAACCGCGAGGGUCUCGAGGCGCUCGCCACCCAGGCCGAGGAGGCCGGUGCCCACAACGUCGCGUUUACAGCACAGUGGCUCCUCGGCGACGCUGCCGGCUGCGUCGACGUCCUCACCAAGACCAACCGCCUGGCUGAGGCGGUGCUGUUCUCGCAGACCUAUAAGCCCAGUCUUACUGUGGAUGCCACAAAGGCGUGGAAGGAGAGCCUCGAGAAGAGCAAGAAGGGCCGCGUCGCCAAGAUACUAGGAGUGCCGACGGAAGACGACGACUUGUUCCCGGAGUGGGAGGAGUUUAUCCGGUUAGAGUCGGAAGGCGGCUCGUUCGAGGGUGCCAGCGGUGUCGUCAACGGCGGUCGUGCGGCGGAAGAGGAAGCCGAGGAAGCCGAGGAGGAGGAGGACGAUGAGGAGGAGGAAGAAGAGGAGGAGGAAGAGGAUGACGAGUAAUUUUGUGGAAAGCAUGAUGGCGAAUGACCGAUCGAUCAAGAAUAAAAGUCAGUAUUCAACUGGCCAAUCAAUGAGUUCUAGAACUAUGACGAAGAAUAAAGUGGUCAGAAUGCUCGUAUGAUGGUCGGUUUCGGGGUCGGCGCCCAGCGGAC